AUGUCUCAACUCAUCUCACACUUCACCGAACCCACCACCUCAUACUGGCAAAAGAUAAACACUCCCUCCAAGCCUAACCAAGCACCUUGGAAAUACGGAUACCCGGCCAAACUACCGGACUCACGUAUCCUCAUCUUACCAAUCCGACCCUUGAAGGAUAAUCCCAACCAUGCCGUUGCAUCUCUUCUCGUAAACCAAGCCUCGAUGGAUGUCGUGGAGAUUCUGGCGGAUUUCCUGGCUGAUCUUGUGCGUCCAUUUGAGCCCGAAGUCAUUAUUGGUCUUCCCACUCUUGGCCUUAGCCUUGCUCCUCUCGUUGCGAGGAAACUUGGUUUGAAGAGAUACGUUCCAUUAGGAUACUCGAGAAAAUUCUGGUACGAUGAUGGGCUCUCGGUAGAGGUAUCAUCGAUCACAUCUCCAGAACUGGGGGUGAAGAAGGUUUAUCUGGAUCCGCAUCAGUUACCUCUAGUUCUAGGAAAGAGAGCGGUGAUCAUUGAUGAUGCGGUGAGUUCGGGGGUAACUCUCAAGAUGACUUGGGAUAUGUUGGAUAGAAUAGGUUGUGAUAUUGUGGGUUGUGGUGUGGUGAUGAAGCAAGGUUCAAAAUGGCAAGAGAAGAUUGGUCUGUCGAGAGUAGACAAAUUAGUUUAUGUUCUGGAUAGCCCUCUUCUGGAAGCAGUUGAAGAUGGAUGGGCCUUGCGAUCUUGA